AUGUCCCUCAAUGGCAGGCUGGCCAGCCUGCGCCGCCGGCUCGCCCAUGGCCCGAGCCUGCUGCCACGCCCGCAGAGGCGAGGUCUGAAGGCGUUCAUUACCAGAGCCCCCGAACCUCAAGAACCGCUCCCACCGGACCACUUCCGCCUCGCCGUCAAAGACAACAUUGCGACUGGGCCACAGGAUGGCAAGCCCCUGCCCACGACAUGCGCCUCGCACAUCCUUUCCUCCCACGAGUCCCCGUUCGAAGCAACCAUCGUCCGGCAGCUGAGGGACCGUGGCGCCCGCGUCGUCGGCAAGACCAACCUGGACGAAUUCGGCAUGGGCACACACAGCAUCAACUCGGCUCACGGUGCCACGGCCCAGGCAGUGGAGCAUCAGGACAAGACUGUCAUACUGAGCGCGGGAGGCAGCUCCGGAGGUAGUGCCCUGGUGGUGGCGACCCACAAGGCGGAUGUCGCCCUGGGCACCGACACGGGCGGUUCUGUACGCCUCCCGGCUGCGUACUGCGGUGUCGUUGGCUACAAACCGUCCUACGGCAUGAUCUCGAGAUAUGGAGUGGUGCCAUAUGCGAACAGCCUGGAUACGGUCGGCUUCCUGGCGCGCAAUGCCGGGCAGCUGCGGAAGCUGCUCGUAGGGACGGGUCUGUACGAUGAGCAUGACCCACGCGAUCCGACAAGCCUGUCAUCCUCGGCAAGGGCCCGCUGCACGGCGGCCAGGGAGUUCUACGGCCCGGGCGGACCUCGGACCGGGGACGAGCAGGACUGCAAACAGCUGUUGCAGGGUCUGACUUUCGGCAUCCCGGUCGAGUACAACAUUGAGGAGCUCGAGGGACGGGUUCGCCACGCGUGGAAGCAGGCAGCGAGUUUCCUCCGCGACGAGCUGGGCGCCCGCGUCGUGCCCGUGUCGUUACCAUCGACACGGCACGCUCUCUCCGCAUACUAUGUCAUCGCUCCGGCGGAGGCAUCCUCAAACCUGGCCAAGUAUGACGGCGUGCGCUACGGGCUGCGGCAGCCCGAGGUCGAGGACGGCCGGGCAAGGGGCCCCGAGGACGUGCUGUACUCAUCAGUCCGCGGCAGUGGCUUCGGGGCCGAGGUCAAGCGGCGCAUAUUGCUGGGCUCAUACACGCUGAGCUCCGAGGCUAUGGACAACUACUUCGUGCAGGCUCAGCGCGUGCGCCAGCUCGUACGCCGCGACUUUGAUGCCGCGUUCAAGCUGUCAAGCCCGUUGCGCGACGCAGACCGUGAUGACCAGCAGCAGCAGGUCGCGCUGGCCGACAUGGACGAGCGCGUCACCCUCGAGAACAAGCUUGGCCCGGCGCAGGUGGAUUUCCUGCUCUGCCCCACAGCGCCGACCUUGCCGCCGCUGAUGGACACCAUCGAGCAGGACCAAAAGAGCCACCGCGCCCUGGAGGCGUACAUGAAUGAUGUGCUGACCGUCCCGGCGAGCCUGGCGGGGCUGCCAGCCGUCAGUAUACCCAAGAGUACUGCUGCCGAGAGCCUGCCGGCUGGGGAGCAGUGGAGGGGCGAUGUGAUGGGCCUGCAGCUUAUAGGGCAGUAUUGGGACGAUGCGAGGCUGCUUGCUGCGGCGGAUGCCCUUGGUGCGCUUUUGAAGUAA